GGAGCAGUGGCCGCGCCACGCCGGCCACCGCGCGCAGGACCCCACCGGCCCCGCCCGCCGGCCCCGCCAUGUCCUACCCGCAGUUUGGAUACCCCUAUUCCUCCGCACCCCAGUUCCUGAUGACCACCAACUCCCUGAGCACGUGCUGCGAGUCGGGGGGCCGCACGCUGGCCGACUCCGGGCCCACCGCCGCGGCCCAGGCGCCCGUCUACUGCCCGGUCUACGAGAGCCGGCUGCUGGCCACCGCGCGCCACGAGCUCAACUCGGCGGCGGCGCUCGGCGUGUACGGGGGCCCGUACGGCGGCUCCCAGGGCUACGGCAACUACGUGACCUAUGGCUCCGAGGCGUCCGCCUUCUACUCGCUGAAUGGCUUCGACUCCAAGGACGCGCCGGGAUCUGCGCAUGCGGGCCUCGCGCCUGCUGCGGCCGCCGCCUACUACCCCUACGAGCCGGCGCUGGGCCAGUACCCCUACGACAGGUAUGGGACCAUGGACAGCGGCACGCGGCGGAAGAACGCCACGCGGGAGACCACCAGCACGCUCAAGGCCUGGCUGCAGGAGCACCGCAAGAACCCGUACCCCACCAAGGGCGAGAAGAUCAUGCUGGCCAUCAUCACCAAGAUGACCCUCACGCAGGUCUCCACCUGGUUCGCCAACGCGCGCCGCCGCCUCAAGAAGGAGAACAAGAUGACGUGGCCCCCGAGGAACAAAUGCGCGGAUGAGAAGCGACCCUACGCGGAGGGCGAGGAGGAAGAAGGGGGCGAAGAGGAGGCCAGGGAGGAGCCCCUCAAGAGCUCCAAGAGUGAAGAGUCUGUGGGCAAAGAGGAGAAGGACCUAGAGCUCACUGACUUGGAGGAUUUCGACCCGCUGGAGGCGGAGCCCCCUGAGUGCGAGCUGAAGCCGCCCUUUCAGCCCCUGGACGGUCUGGAGCGCAUCCCCGCCGCGCCUGACGGUCCAAGCGCCCCGGGAAAGGAGGCCUCGGGCACCCUCCGGAUGCCCCUGGCCGCCGGUGGCACGGCCGCCCUGGACCAGGACCUGGAGAGGGCCAGAAGCUGCCUCCGGAGCGCGGCGGCUGGGCCGGAGCAGCAGCCGGGCGCCGGGGGCGGCUCGCAGGCGUGCGAGGCCAAGCUGGGCUUCGCGGCGACAGCGGGCCUGGAGGCCAAGCCGCGCAUCUGGUCGCUGGCUCACACGGCUACCGCGGCCGCCACAGCCCUGAGCCAGACUGAGUUCCCCUCGUGCAUGCUCAAGCGCCAAGGCUCCGCUGCCCCUGCGGCCACUGCCCUGGCUCCUGCGUCGUCCUCGCCUGCGGCGCCAGCCCCCACUGGUGCCCUGGACAGGCACCAGGACUCCCCAGUAACCAGUCUCAGAAACUGGGUGGAUGGAGUCUUUCACGACCCUAUCCUCAGGCACAGCACUUUGAACCAGGCCUGGGCCACCGCCAAGGGCGCCCUCCUGGACCCAGGACCGCUGGGACGCGCUCUGGGGGCAGGCGCCAACGUGCUGACGACGCCCCUGGCGCGCGCUUUCCCGCCCAGCGCCCCCCACGACGCCCCCGCCGCGGGCUCAGCCAAGGAGCUGCUGGCCGCGCCCAAGGCGGGGGGCAAGCCGUUCUGCGCCUAGCGGGCCCCGCCCCCGCGCGGAGGAGGAGCCCGGGCUCCGGCUGCCGGCCUGCGGUCGCCGACUCCUUUUCUACCGAGUUUCCAAAGCAGGACGAGAGCACGUCAGAGUUCAGGCCGCCGACCCCCCGUGGAGGGACGCGCUGACCGCGGCCCCUCCCGGCCACAGAGAGCCCCCGGAGCUGUGUCGCCAGGGCCACCGACCCCACCGGGACGUGCACUGGCUCAGGGCAGUCCCGAACUCCGCUCCGGGACCGGCCGGCUAGGGAUGCUCUCGGAGCAGAAGGGGUCGCCCUGUAGCAUAAAGUUUACGUCCCAAAGUUUACGCGGAUCAGACAUUUCAGUUCUGAGGCUUUGUGUUGCUGCCCCUCCGGGGUUUGAGGCCUGCGGUGCUCCCUCCGCUGGUGCUCCCUCCGAAGGCCCCUCAGCCUGCUCGCCCUCUGACUUGUGCUCAGCGCGUCUUCCACCAACAGCACCUUCCACCUUGUUUACACGGUUGCACACUCGUAACGAUAAAAUUACGUUUUUUACAUGUAUGUUCGCACCGAUACUUGCCUGCUUCAGAGGCUGAUGUAACAAAACCAAUAAACCGAGUG